AUGAAUCUUGCAUUGCAAAUGUAUGGCUGUCGUGUGAUUCAGAAAGCGUUAGAAUCGGUGGAUGAAACAAUACAACUAGAAAUCUUGAAGGAAUUGGAGAGCCAGGUGCUGAAGUGUGUUAAGGACCAGAACGGUAAUCAUGUUGUGCAGAAGGUGAUUGAGAAGGUGAAACCGGAACGCCUGCAAUUCAUCAUUGAUACAUUCAUGAAAAAUGGCCCGGAUACGGUUCGUUUCAAUACGUCUUGUCGCUUAGUUUUGCUAGGUCGUGACUAA